GUCGAGAGUUGACACGAGUAACAACUGCAUUUAGAUGGCGAGUGGGUAAGUCGUUUCUCUAUUUUUUGUCAUGUUUACAAUGCUUUUCUUGAAUCCUCUAUGGCAAGACAUUCUGUCAAGAUGUCCUGACUUACUUUUUCGUUGUUUUUACUUCGAUUGCAGCUCACAAACAAUAAAAUGUGUCCAUCAUCCCGAGGCGCCAUUGAUUGAAGACUAUCGCGCUGGAGAUAUGAUCUGCUCUGAGUGUGGUCUUGUCGUUGGAGAUAGGUAGAACCCUAGAAGAAAUUUUCACUUUUCUUUAAAGUUAUCUAAAUUACUCCGACAAAGCUUUCUGAAAACAGUCACAGAAAUAUCGUGUAGAAAUUCAAUUUCAGAUCCGUUCAAUGCAUUAAGCUUACGAAAAUGCUUACAUGAAGGUGGCAUAGUUUUUAUCUAUUUCCUGAUCACAGAAAGGUAGCUUUAAAGAACAAUAAGUUUUGAAUUCCUUUCCUUGUGUUGUACGUGACUGAAGAUUGUAGCUAGCUGAAGAUACUAUCGAUUAGUACUCUGCCGGCAGGAUCAGCUGAAACCGGCCUGUAAAUUAUACUAAACUCAGUUUACCUGCAAAAUUACAGGAUGUGCUGACGUCAUAAAUUUUUAAUGAGCAAUCCCAAGCAAUCCCUAUAUUUAGCGCAAGAGAAUAUAUUCGCGUUAAUGAAGGCAUUUCAUUAAGAAUGGAACAAAAUAUUUCUGGCUUCGGUCAGGAUUUUGAUAGUAACUAGUAAACAACAACUGAGUAGUACCAUUGCCUCAUAAUGAUGCAAGCCACCAAAACCUGGGGGGACCCCCCAGUGGGGGGAAGUUCCCAUAAAUGAGGGUCAACUGCAAAUGGGGUUUAUUGCAUAAUGAAUAAAGGCCUUUUUUCACUGCCAUAGGCAUAUAAAUAACAAAAUAUUAACCUUCGGACAUACACGCAAAUUCAUUCCCUCGCUUUGGUACAAGGGUGGGGGGGUUGAUAGAGUACUUUUGUUCAAGAAUUUUAUUCACUGAAAGAGGAUGAAUUGGAAACUGUAGCUGUGCUGCCUUCCAGGUUUAACCAUGGAAGACAAAUCAGGGUGUCAGUAAGGCAGGAUUUGUAAGAAAGAAUUCUCUUCAGACUUAUUUGAUGAAGUGUGCAAGAAUAUUUUAUAGUCUUAAGGGAGCAUUUGAUUUGGAAACACCACCCUACAAACGAUUUUGCCGUCUGCACGACUCACAACCAUACCAACUAACUGACUAAACGUUUUUUUUGCUGCUUACUGACUAACUAGUGUUUUUAUAGCUGUUUUCUGUCUAAGCAGCAUAUUUUUAGCUGUAUACUGACUACAGCUAUACCCCAUGGACAACAGGUCUUUGAGACUGUGGACCUGUUCCAGACAAACAGAGUUGAAUUUGUGGAUUUGAGAAUAUUUCUAUGUAAUUGUGGAUUGUGUAGAUCCAGAAAACAUCCAUACUUCCCCCACAGAAGGGACUGGAAAUUCCUGGGGGGUAGGGGGUUUUCAAAGGCCCAAAAAGUUAAGUAAAUGUAUGAAGCUUGACUUGAAUUUCUAGAGAGGUGGGGGAUCUAAGGAAAAAUCCCUUCCAUGGGGGAGGUAUGGAUAGUUUUUGGAGCCACACAUUAAUGUUUGUGUUUUCCCUAUGAAUUUUAUAGAGUUGUAGAUGUAGGUUCAGAAUGGCGUACAUUUAGUAAUGAGAAGUCCACCAGUGACCCAUCCCGUGUAGGAGCUGCUCAGGUAAGGAUAGCUGUUAGGUUAAACAAUUCUUGAUUAACUUACAAUUGGUGACAAAAUUGUUCAGUCCUCAAAUGGGUAACUUUGGUGAACAAAACAAUCCACACCCCUCCCCUCUCUCCUCCAUUCAUUGUUUUCUACAGGUAGCUUAAACAGCAACACAACAUUGCACGGAGCGGGUGGGGAAAGAGAAGCUAACAUUAGAGAGGCCUUAUAUGGCAAAGUGUCUAAACUAAAUUUGUCACCAAUAGUAGGUUAAUUCUCAAUUUCCAUGGUUAGCUCCCAGAUGGGGACAGGAGGCAAUGAAUCAAUUAAUGAUCAAGAAUCAACUUAAAUCAAAAUUAAACUUGAAAUUAAAUUAGAGCCAGUAAUAUACCUACUUGUCAUUGCAGCUUGUAACAGUUUAAAAUAACCACUUCAUGUUAUCCAUUUGAAUCCUAUUGUAUACUUUAAAAAGCACUCUUUUCAAACUGAGCACAUGAUGCAUUGUGAAUACCAGUGCUCUCGUUCUUAUUACCGUUAAGCUUCCUGUCUAAUUUGUACAUGAUUUAUAUUAAAAUAAAGCUUGUAAAUUUAAGAGCUACAUAACCUUAACUUUAGCUCUAGCUUCUAAAGCUAUACUGUCCAAUAUAUUUGCCAUGACAGUUGUUUUUUGUAUGUGGUUAAUCUGAACAAUCGUCUACUGCAGAACCCAUUAUUGAGUGGAGGUGAUCUAUCAACAAUGAUUGAGAGAGUACCACAGGGAAACAGUUCAGGAGAGGGCUACUCAAAAUACCACAAUCGAGGAGGGGUAUGUUUAACUAAUAAAAACUUGAGUCUCUACUUAACUUUCAUAAUUUUACAUUAAUUUGCACUUAGUUAUCAUUAAUUUUACCAUGGAUCUAGGACAUACAGUCUCAGAUAGGACAACACAACCAUUAUAAUUUCUGCACAUUAUUCAUCAGUACUUUCAACAUCAUCACUGUUUUUGUGUUUCCCUCUGCUCUAGUCACAAAAUACAAAGCACUUUGCCACUACAUCACCAAAACCUCUAGAUUGUCCUUUGAAGUCUCUUCAUUGUAUAAAGUUAAUUUUGUGUUAACUGGUUUAUUUAUUUUGCAGUUAACUGGCUCAGACAGAAGUCUUAUGAAUGCUUUCAGAGAAAUUGGUGUUAUGGCUGAUAGGAUAAAUCUUCCCAGAAAAAUUCAGGUAAGUAAUCUUGACAUCAUAGAAUACAACACAACUUCACAACUUCAGCAUUUUGUAAAUUAAUUAUUAAUUUACAAAAUGCUGAAGUUGUUACAAAAUGCCAUAACCUGUAUUCCACAAGUGUGGGUUAUAAGAAAAAUGCAACAGAACAGAGCUGGUUUAAGACAUGUUAGAUGUAGUUCCUCUUGGAUGAUUGGGAUUAAUUUUAUGACCGAAGAUUACUCAGAUUGGCCAUGAUGCAUCAAACGAACUGCUACAUCCCAUUUGGACAAGGAAUUGUCAGUUCCUUUGGUACACAAUAGCCUGAGUGAUCUUGAAUGGUAAUUCCUGAUCUGGAUAAUCCAAAGGAAACAUGCUCCCUAGAAGUGGGUUAAUACGCUAUAAGGUUGCCAAGUUAAUAUUUUAUGUAGUGAUUCAGUGCGUGCCUUCUUCUUUCUCAGGACCGUGCAAAUGAACUUUUUAAACAAGUUCAUGAACAAAAGAGUUUAAAAGGAAGAAGUAAUGAUGCCAUUGCAUCUGCUUGUUUGUACAUUGCCUGUAGACAGGAGGGUGUACCUAGGACGUUUAAAGGUAUGAUCCUCAUAAUGUCUCUUAAAACAACGUAACUUUCACCCCCUCUUUGCCAUUUCAUAAGUAAGUCAAACUUUUUGAAUGUUUUGUAUUUUUUGGAAAAUGCUCAAAGGAAAGAAGUUAGUUGGCAUUAGAACCAUCUGUAACAUAAAAAAAUCCUUAUAAAUAAAGAAAUAACUUAUUGCUAUUAUAAGUUUUUUGGGUGUUGCAGAUGGCUCCAUCAUCAAGUGACACAGUGCAGAAUAUUUUCAUAUAAUGGCUACGUUUCAGUAUUUCAGUUGAGUUGGCCAAAAAAUAUCACCAUCAUAUAAUAGGUGCCAUGAUCCAAUCAAUGCAGGUCUACAUUAUUUAUCUCCACCUAAAGUGAUCUUUCCCCAUCCUUGUGUAUUUAUUAUGGUUCAUCUUAAACCAGUCCUCAUUUGUAUGCAUUCAUUUUGUUCCUGUUCUUCUUUAUCUUUGUCCUUUCUAUUUUUAUUUUCAGUACCCAAUUACCUCUGUAUACCAUCUUUUAUUCUUAUAUAUGUGACCAAGGUAACAAGACUUCCUCUCUCCGCCCUUUAUAGCAAGUUUGGAAAUAUCUAUUAACAUGUGAAACUUCUUGUCCACAGAAAUUUGUGCAAUUAGCAAAAUCUCCAAGAAAGAAAUAGGUCGUUGUUUCAAGUUAAUUUUGAAGGCCCUGGAAACAAGCGUUCACCUUAUUACAACAACGGAUUUUAUGGUCAGUGAGAUAAGUGUCACUUUUUAUUAAGUAGCUGUCAAUAAAACUAAGAGCCAAGAAGGGUUGAAGUUUUAGGGCAUCUUACCAGUACUUUUUCUAGAAUUUUCGCUAGAAUUUCUUCUCCUAUCUUUGUCGGUAAUAAAAGAGUGUAAAAAACCCUGAUCACGACUUUCGAAAAAAUGAAUUUUAAAAUACCCAUAGGAAAACUUUUCAGAACGUCCAGUUUUUAGUGUGAGCAUGGUGUGGGUGAUUAAACAUAGGGCAGACAGUAUUAAUGCGACCUUUUUAUCGAGGAGAAUAUAUAAAGAAAAUGCAUCAAAUCUAUGCGUUUUAUAUCAUCAUGCUGUCUGAAAAAGAAGUAGAUGCUUGAAGAGGUCUUUUAAUAGUGCUGCUUCGACCCCAGUAUUCGUCCCAAGUUCAGUUUUUCUCUUGUUAUCUUGUUUGUGUUCUAGAGUGGAAGAAAUUGUAACGUAGAAGUGAAUAGUAAGAAUAGGCUGACAACAAGAUGUCAUGUUUACGUGAUGAAAAGUAGAACCUUUCGAUGUUUCGUUUCUCUCUUUCAGUCAAGAUUUUGUUCCAAUCUUGGCCUCCGAGCAGAAGUACAGAAGGCAGCUACACAUAUCGCCCGUAAAGCGGUUGAUUUAGAUUUAGUUCCUGGGUAAGUCUGAUUCUCUAGCCCUUCAAAAAUAGCCUCGAAACCGUUCAAAAGAAAGAAACAGGUCAAGUGAUGGUCUGGAGCCAAAUUUCUGUCCAUUUUCGCCCAGCAAAUAAAUGCUUGGCAAGAUGUUGCGAGGUACUUACAUCUCUUUUUCCUCUUCUUUCAGACGGAGUCCAAUUUCAGUUGCGGCUGCAGCCAUUUACAUGGCAUCCCAAGCGUCAGAUGAGAAAAGAUCACAGAAAGGUAUAUGAUAUGCCAUUAUUUGUUUUUGUUUACAAAUCCCACCCAUGAGUAUGUUCACACUACAGUGAAACCUCUAUUAAGCGGACACCUUCGGGACCUUCCCAAGUGUCCGCUUAAUAGAGGUUGUAAAAAUUGCGCAAUGUUUGUUAACGAUCAACUUUCAACGGUUACUCUGUACUGUGAUAAAGUUGCAUGUUGUUAAAGAAGCUAUCCAGAGUUCAAGCUCAUAACCUUUUAUUACCAAAUUUAAUUUGUUUGUAACUGAAAAAACUUUAACUGACUUCAGUCCGUAUUUCAAGGACGUAAUCCGAUACUACUAUUGUCAAUUCAGUCCGUGUCCGCUUAAUAGAGGUUUUUAACAAUAGAAAAUAGCCAAAUACACCUUAUUUUAGUGUCCGCGUCCGCUUAAUAGAGGUGUCCGCUGAAUAGGGGUUCGUUAUAAAGGGAAAUAUAAGACGUUAAUUUCGGGACCCGGCUUAGUGUCCGAUAUAUAGAGCGUGUCCGCUUAAUUGUAGACUACGAGUAGUCCCCCAUUUUUCCUCAGGAAUAGUAGAGCGAGCGAAACUAGCUUAAUUGGGGGUCCGCUUAAUAGAAGUUUCACUGUAUAUCGCUGGAUAGGUUUUCGUACUGGUAUAGUAUGAACACCUAUACGAUAUCAUGCGACUUUCUACAAAAGAGAUCGGCGCUACGCAGAUCACCGUUCUUAUGUGUGAACAGAAGCCCUAUCCGACAGAGUUUUCGUGCCGGCGCAAAAGCAAUCCUGUAGAAUGUGAACACUGCCUAAAUUGGGUUUUGCAUUGCAUUCUGAAACACUAAUAUUAAAUAUUGAUAAUGUAAAUUCUUCCACAGACUUUGUGUGCACGUUUUUCUAAAUAAAUAACAAUUAUUCACCGAAGUGGAGGUGGCUAGUAUUGGAUAUUUACCGAGGACGCGAAGCGGCGCGGUAAAUUUCCAAUACUAGCCACCGUCACUGAGGUGAAUAAUUAUUGUUUUAGUAUAUACUAAAACAGUGAGAUAAUUGAGCACAAAAUGAUGAUUUUUAACUCAUUUACUGUUGCCAACGAUUACAAUUUUGGCGCGCGAUGACCGAACUGCCGCUGUCGUCGCUUUUUCUUAGCGACAAAUAAAACUUUUGAAGGCGUUUGUUUAGCUCUUGCGGGGAAGUUUCUUCAAAAGGAGUUGUGAAUUCUGUUUGUAUUUAAAAUAAUUCUGUAAAAAAGAUUAUUAAAUUUAGUUUUAAGCUUAUUUAUGAACAAGUCAACUAAAGAAAGUAACGCAAGACUUAAAAUUUGCAUUUGUAAACAAAAAACUUUUUCACCGGUUUUAUCGAUAACUAUUCAAGUCAAAAAGACAAAGCUUUACCUGUUAAACCUUCCAAACCGAACUUCGUCACCUUCUUCAUGUAUUUCGGAAAUAGCUUGCUUGAUUAGUUGUGAAAUUUCUUAGUUUGUUACGGCAGCAAACUGGGAAAGCAUUUUGCUCGCAACCUACGCGAGUUUGGCGUCGCUCGCUCGGAGGAACUGGAGGUGAAUCAGUGAAUAGUGCAGGAUAUUCACUGAUUGAGUAGCCAAUCAGAGCCUGCGAAAAACACUAUCCACUGUUUUAGUAUAUACUAAAAGAAGAUACGGUAUAAUUUACAAUUAUUUGGUCGCGGAGAAUGUAAUACGUUUGAUUAGCUGGUCUGGAUUUUGGAAGUUCGAGUUUUUGCCGUUUAGACGUGAGGUCAACUUUGUUGUGCGCUUUUUUUAACUGCAGUUUAGCCUGCCGUAUUAGCAAAGCACUUAUUACUGAGCUCGAAGCUUUGAGACGUUGAAUAAUAAAGUUAUGCCAGAUUAUAGGCAACAAAACGCUACUGGAUGUUUCUAUGUGUUUCGUAAACUGUAAAUGUGGUUAGCUAUCUCCCACUGUCUAUAGAUGUUCGAAUGGGUGGGCAUUUCUCUAAUAGACCAACAUCGCGACCAGGAGAUUAUAGCUAUACUCUGUGAUGCUUUAUGUCACGGAAAUAAAGUCAACUUUCCUGUAGCUCAUAUACUGUUUAGUGGCGGAUGUCUAGUAGAGAUCUUCAGAUUCUAAGAUGAGGACGACUAUGAGAAUGCUAUUUUCUCAAUACUAAUUAGUGCGCGCGCGUGAACCAGCGUCAUUUUGGCGGGAAAAGGUGAAAGUCGUCGUCAUUUAUAUUCUACUACGAGUUCUAACGAGAAGUAGUUGCGGAAACGAGUUAUCAAAUGAUAGAACUUUAUGAUUUUUCGAUCCGAAGAGGCUUUAACCCCCGUCAAUACAGAUAACUGUGCAUGAAGCUUUCCAGUGUGUCUCUUUUUUAAGAAUACGCGUCACAUCUCGUCCUGGUAGUCGUUCUCGUCCGCGAAUCUAAAGGUCUCUAGUGUAGGAGUCCCCGGUCCUCGACUUAUCCUGACCUCAGAUCGAAACAAGGAGGCCUGGCCCCGGUUGUUCAAACGCUGGAUAGCGCUAUCCACCGGAUAAAAAUCUAACCAUUGGAUAACGCAAUUGCUUUUCCUAAUACUUAUCCGCUGGAUAGUGAUUUAUCCGGUGGAUAGCGCUAUCCAACGUUUGAACAACCGGGGCCUGGAGGGUAAUUCUUUCUAGUUCCAGCUAAAACGUUUUCACUUAAGGCCUGGGGAGGCAUACUUUACGUGAUGUCCCUUGAUCCUCCAUUGCUGCGGUGUAGGACCCAGACCUUGAGAUAAGGGGGACCGCUCUCUUAGGGGGAGGGGGAGGGGGAACAACGGCGCUGUCGAAAAAAAUCAUUUUCUCGGCACCUCGGUUUUGUUCCAAUAUAAUGGGGGUGGGAGUGCUCCCCUAAACCCACAUAGCUCACACGGUAACUCCUGAGAAAGAGCAUCUCUUUUUUGCCUCUUCUCCGGAAAAAGAGCACUUUUACUUUGUUACUUUGUUACUUAGCUACACCGAUCAUUUUGUAACCGAAUGUAUGUCUGCUUUGUUUUUGUUUGAUAGAAAUCGGUGAUAUUGCUGGUGUAGCUGAUGUGACGAUUCGUCAGUCCUACAGACUCAUAUAUCUCCGAGCAGCUGAACUCUUUCCAAGCGACUUCAAAUUUGUUACACCUGUGGACAAGCUUCCGAGUCUUUGAGCCUAAUAUUCGUCUGUGAACACUGUUGUUGUCACACCUCAUGGACUCUAUGUUAAUAUUAUUGACAUUUUAUGUAUUGAGGAGUUAAGCUAAAGUUUUAGUAAAUUUUCAUUGAGCUUAGUUUCUCUGCAUUAAUUGGAGUGUAUAAACCAUCACCCGUUUUCGACCUAAUCACUGUGGUGUUCCUGAUCACCGUAUUCAAGACUGCUGAGGAGAUAAAGAUUUAUGAGUAACUUAUUGAGCAGGACAAAAACCGCGGUUGUCAGGUUAACGAGAUAUAGGGGGAGGCCUUCUCUGGAUGCCAGAGACUUUUCACUGAUGUACGCUUUUACAUUUGUAAGGAAUGGUGUGAAAAGUUUGGUUCCUGAAUGGUAUAGGUUUCCUCGAAUCGCUUAAUUGAUAACCUUGAGUCUGGAAAGGGAAAUCAUUCUUUUGGAAAAAUUCUUGAAAAGUAUUCCAUUUGGCAUUCAAAAAUUUGUACGAACCCGGUAACUAGUCUUUAAAAAUUCCGCUUUUUUGAGUGCGUUUAUACCUACAGUCUCCAAUUUUCUAAACCCAACUAGUGCUGGAUUCCAGUAGCUCUAAAUAAAAAGGUUAUCAUACUUCAUUUCUAAUUGCCUGCUUAUAAACCCUUUAACCACUAAUCUGAAAAUUUCUCC